AUGAUCGCUGCCGGUUGCAUCCUCCCUGCGCCGGCGUGUAACAUUAGCUGCGAGGACGAGGAGCAAAAGAAAUGUUACGCAGACGAGGAGUACGCUACGGCCAACGUUUCAUCGACUGUUCCGCUCUCAACCUUUGUAGAGGCCUCGACAACCCCAAUCGCAACGACUGAAGAGCCGAUGACAACUCCCACCGAAGCCCCAGCCGUUCCCUCAACCCAGCCCUCCGCUGUUCCCGACAACGGCAACGGCGAUGACGAUAACGGUGGUGUUAUCCCUGUGCUACCGCCCCCUGGCGAUGACCUCGACGUCCCUAACACAGGGAUGGGCAAUGGAGAAACAACUCAGACCACCUCCGCCACUGGUCCCGCCAGCACCGACGCUCUGACGACGAACCCCACGGUUCCCAGUAGCGCAACUGAGGCGGCUGUUGCCACUGCCGCGAUGGAGACGCCCACCACUGUCAGUGCCUUCGAGACCCUCGUUACAGCCAGUGCGAUGGAGACGCCAGUUACCAGCAGUCCGCUGGAGGAGCCUGGGUCUAUCAGCCCAAUGGAAGUGCCCAGUACCAUCACCGACCCCUCCGCCCCUGACGACGAGUUGCAACCAUUCAAGACGUUCACUUUCUCGGACGCCCCAGAGCCGACCGACUCACCAUCCAACACGUCGGAUCCGGCUGUUUCCGAUAAUGCGCCGGCGCCCAAUAUCUCAAGCGACAGUUCCACCAUCUUGGCCUCCGUGGAUUCAACGGGCACCAAUGAGGCCACGGAGACAGACACAUUCCCCUCCAGCAUCACGGCCACCAUGAGUGGCGAUGAAGAAGGCGACAUGUCAGCCACCUCGUCUUCAACGGCCCGCGCCGAUCCCUCAGAGAACGCGGUGGCAUCGGCAGCAAGCGACCUGGUACCGAUCAAUACGUUGGGCACUCCCCGCAACGGCACGAUUUCGUCGAUCACCAUCUCCACUUCAAAUCAGGUAGGGCCUGCCCUGGCGGGCAAUGACAGUGAGAGUGCCACUUCCAGUGCUGGAAACAUUUUUGUGGAGCCUGUUAGUUCAGGGUCCCGCAACACUUCUAUCGCAUCCGCCACUUCCAGCUCUACCCGGCCCGUGGUUUCAAGCGCUGCCACUGGCGCGACGACUUCCAGCUCUGCUGCCCUGGAUAGUUCUACCACCUCCACUGGCGCAGUCACUUCCGGCGCGCCCACUUCCAACUCUGGUAUCCCCGAGGCUUCUACCACCUCGACUGGAGCCAGCCCCUCCAAGAGCCACAGGCAGUGUGUCCGCAAGGCCGAUAAGCGCCGGAUCGCCUAG